UUGUACGACCUGUUUCUUGACAGACAAAGUCAACAGAGCUCUAUCAAAAUGCGACAGUUCUCGUCACACUCUAUGUUGUCCCUAAUCUGGAAAGUGAAAAGAAGUGAGUUUAUUGUCAAUCGGCGUAUGUUCGAUUCUCUGGAACUAAUUUCUGGCAGCCUGAAACUCAUUCAUUCCGUCUUUUCUGGCUUGGAUCAUUUUCUGGCUUUUCCCAUCGUCGAAGAAACAGAUAUACCCCUCACAAAUAGCUCCAGUAUCCAUGGACCUCCCAUAGCCGAGUGGACUAUCAUGAAAUGGCCUGUCGCGUCACGAAAAUACCAAAAAAUGCACGAUGAUCAAGAAAAUCACGAAUGGAAUGAUCGCUGUCCCUAUAUGACGGGGAUCCAUGAUCAAGUCGGCGAAAAAGUGGGAGGAAUGUCGGGCGUCAAAGGUCAGGUUGUUGACCAAGAGGCCUUGUCGGCAGCCUUGAAAUUGGGACAGAUAGCAUUUGCUGCUCUCAAUGUGACAGAUCCAGAGCCUCUCACACCGGACCAUUACCUCUGGGAUGUGUCUAACAAGCAGAUCAGUCCUCAUGUCAGUUGCAUGGGUAGAGGAUGUCUUCCUGGAUCCCUCGAUAUAGUGAAGGAGAAUCCCGAGAGGAUGGCCGCUGGUGAUAAGUUGAUGAAUGCCUAUGACAGAGGCAAGGGAUAUUAA